AUGAUCUCGGCGAGGCGCAUUCUGUGCUCCUCAUCUAAUAACAGCGCUGCGGUCGCUGGUGUGCGGCGUGGCGUGGCUGCCAUGACGGCCACCGCCGCGCUGCGCACUGCCAGCACCAGCAACCCCGUCGCGGCUGGUGCCAGUGCCACCAAGAUCGCGAUGCGGUGCGGCUCGUCGAUGUCGAGCUCGCUGCUGCCGCUUGUGAACCAGCAGCGCUUCACCUCUGGCGGCGGCGGCGUCGAUGGCCUCUCGUCAGCAUCAAAGGUCGUCGUUGACCCCGCGUCUGCCGCGAAGGAGCGUGACCGUCUGGCGCGUGAGAUGCUGUCGAGCAACGUGCCACACCAAUCCCUGGAGGAGCGAGCGGUGGUGACGCUCAAGGGGCUCGAGCACACCGUGCCGUACACCCUCCGCAUCGUUGUGGAGAGCACUGACGCGGCGAAGGAAUCGGAAACGAAGGCAGGCCCGAUUCUGCGCGACGCGUUUGAGAUGGUCGACCAGCACCUCAACCACUUUAACCCCAACAGCGAGGUGUCGAAGGUAAACCGGCUGCCCGUUGGUGAGAAGCACAAGAUGUCAGAGCACAUGUUGCGUGUGAUGGAGUGCUGUAUGCGUGUGUACCAGUCGAGUGGUACCUGCUUUGACCCCGCCACAUCGCCGCUGGUGAAGCGGCUGCGUCAGAUGAUGGAGGACAAGGAGAACACCGACCCUGUGAGCAUAACUGAGGAGGAGAUGGAGCGCUUCUCGCUGCCGCACAGCUUUGAUAUCGACCUCUCCGAGGCCACAAUCGCCCGGUGCCACGCCGACGCCCAGCUUGACCUGGGAGGCGUUAACAAAGGCUACACUGUUGAUUACGUGGUGGAGAAGCUCGUCGCAGCCGGUAUAGAGAAUUUGAUGUUCGAGUGGGGUGGCGACUGCCGUGCGGUGGGCUUGAAUUACCAGCGGCAGCUCUGGGCUGUAGCCAUUGCGCGCCCACCCUCCGUGGAAGAGGUAGAAAGGCGUGCGAGGAUGUCUGCGGGGGGAGCAGUGGAGGAGUCUUUCGAUGAGUCCAGGGACUCCGUACCGCUCCUACGUGUGGUGCACCUGGACGACGAGGCCCUCUGCACGAGUGGAGACUAUGAGAAUGUCAUGUAUCACCCCAAGCACGGCGUCUGCUGCACCAUCUUUGACUGGAAGAAGAAAGGGCUGCUGGAUCCAGGUGAUGAUGAACUUGCGCAAGUGUCAGUAAAGUGCUACAGUGCCAUGUACGCCGAUGCGUUGGCGACGGCAAGUCUCCUGAAACGUGACACAGUGAAGGUGCGGUAUAUGCUGGACGGCUGGCGCUACUCCCGGAACCGCGUGAUGGACUACUCCGCCUACACCCGUAGCGGAGAGCGUCUCGCGCACAUGUACGAGAUUGCCAAGGAGAGUCCCGAGCUUCGGCGGGAGCGCAUUGCUGGCUCCCUCCCUGCUCGUGUCAUUGUUGUGGGUGGCGGUCUCGCCGGUCAGUCAGCGGCGAUUGAAGCAGCGAGCUGUGGUGCGCAGGUAAUCCUCAUGGAGAAGGCGGAAAAGCUUGGCGGUAACAGCGCCAAGGCCACAUCCGGCAUCAAUGGCUGGGGCACACGCGCCCAGGCCAUGCGGGACAUCCACGACAACUGCAAGACGUUUGAGCGUGAUACUCACCUUUCGGGUCUGGGCGGCACGUGCGACCAUGGGUUGGUGCGCACGCUCUCAGUGAAAAGUGGUGAUGCCAUUCGCUGGCUCAUCUCCCUUGGUGUGCCGCUGACGGUGCUGUCGCAGCUUGGCGGCCACAGCCAAAAGCGCACCCACCGCGCCCCGGAUAAGGCGGACGGCUCACCAGUGCCUAUUGGUUUCACCAUCAUGCGCACGCUCGAGCAGCACAUUCGCACCCAUCUCAGCGAUCGUGUGACGAUCAUGGAGAAAACCUCUGUCACGAGGCUGCUGCACCGCACCAAGAACCGCCCCGAUGGUGUGCAUCAGGUGAAGGUCACUGGUGUGGAGAUUCAAUUGGCUGAAGGCGAGAAGACCUACAUAUUGGCUGAUUCUGUGAUCCUUGCCACUGGCGGUUUCUCGAACGACAAGACGGCCAAUUCUCUUCUUCGCGAGUACGCGCCGCAGCUUUCUGGCUUCCCCACGACCAACGGUUCGUGGGCCACUGGUGACGGUGUGAAGCUUGCCCGCGAGCUGGGCGUUAAGCUUGUGGAUAUGGACAAGGUGCAGCUGCACCCGACAGGCCUCGUUGACCCGAAGGACCCGGGGAACCCCACAAAGUACCUCGGUCCGGAGGCGCUGCGUGGCUCAGGUGGUAUCCUGCUCAACAAGCAGGGUGAGAGGUUCGUGAAUGAGCUGGACCUCCGCUCUGUUGUCUCCAAAGCGAUCAUUGAUCAAGGCAACGAGUAUCCGGGGUUGAACGGCAGCAUGUUCGCGUAUUGCGUCCUCAAUGAGGCGGCGCAGAAGCUCUUCGGUGUCAACUCACACAGUUUCUACUGGAAGCGUCUUGGUCUGUUUGUGAAGGUGGACACGGUGGAAGAUCUCGCCAAACUCAUCAAGUGCCCGGCGGGGAAUGUGCAGAAGACAUUGGAGGAGCACGAGCAGCUCUCGAGAGCCUCGCGUGCGUGCCCCAAGACACAAAAGAAUGUGUACCCGUGUGUGUUGGGUCCGCAGGGCCCCUUCUAUGUUGCCUUUGUGACGCCAUCGAUUCACUACACGAUGGGUGGCUGCCUCAUCUCACCCUCGGCAGAGAUGCAGAUGGAAGACAGCACCUCUUCCUUCGGUCAUCGUCGCCCGAUUCUUGCAUUGUUCGGCGCAGGUGAGGUUACAGGCGGAGUGCACGGCGGUAACCGUCUCGGUGGCAACUCACUUCUGGAGUGUGUGGUGUUCGGCCGUAUUGCGGGUGGUCGCUCAGCAAGGAUUUUGCGCGACAAUGUGACGUUUCUUUGGCAUAAUAAAUGGUCUCAGGUGACCGUGCAGAGUGCCCUGGAAGAUGACAAUGGUUUCGUAUGGCUUCGGUUCAGCCUUCCCAGCAGUCUGCAGCUAUCGGGGCUGGAGGCCCUGCAGGCCGUUGUAUUGCGUGCCGUUGAUGGAGACGGACAAUUGGAGGUUCGAAUGCCUUUUACGCUUCCAGACGAAGAGGGUGUUGUGGGAGUUGCGUUGAGCCCUCAGCAGGCGAACAACAGCGCAUCAUGGUUGCGCUCGCUGCAGCCGGGUGAUGCUGUGGAGAUGAAAGCGGCAGACCUUCCAAAGAAGAAGCACGCACUUCUCCUGAAGUCAUCCCGCCAAAUUGUCAUCGCGACACCUCACGGGGUUGCAGCUAUGAUGCAAAUUAUUCGCGCAGGCCUUGAGAAACCGGAUGACAACAGAACGUUUCAUCUUAUUUUUCUGGCGGAUCGGGUAUCAACUAUUCCCCAACGAAAGGAACUGGAAGUCCUUGAAAAGAAGUGGCCGCAGCGGCUCCGCUGUACAUUCGUGUUGCAGAGCCCGCCACCAAAGUGGACUGGAAGCGUGGACUAUGCUGACACGAUCGCUGCGUCGGCGUUUCCCGAUGCCAAGCAGGGUAUCUUUCUUUGCGGUGCCGCAGAAGAGACAAGGCCUAUCAAAGCCCUUCUUCUUGAAAUGGGGCACUACAGUGAGACGAUUGCAACCGUAGAGUAG